AAUUUUUUGUAAACAACACAUUUCAAUUUUGAAAAUGUCAAAAAAUAGAAUGCAAUGUUAUUACGAAGUUCUUGAUGUAGAACGUGAUGCAGAUGAUGAUACAAUCAAGAAAAACUAUCGUAAAUUGGCACUGAAAUGGCAUCCUGACAAGAACAUUGCUAACGAAAUUGAAGCAAAACAAAAAUUUCAGCUGAUUCAACAAGCAUGGGAAGUUUUAAAUGAUCCACAAGAAAGAGCAUGGUAUGACAAACAUCGUGAUCAGAUUCUAAAAGGAAAUCAAUCAAACUAUGAAGACGAUAGUUUGGACGUGUACGCUUAUUUCUCAUCGUCUUGUUAUAAAGGAUUUGGUGAUGACGAUGAAGGUUUCUAUUCUACUUAUAGAAAUGUAUUUGACAAAUUAGCCUCUGAAGAUAUUGAAUAUAUGGAUAGUGCCGAAAAUUACGAAAUGAUUCCAAAAUUUGGUGACUCAACCAGUGGUUUUGAAGAAGUUAUUAAUUUCUAUGGACAUUGGGAAAGUUAUUCAACCAAAAAAUCAUAUGCCUGGCUAUUCACUCAUAAUAUCAAUGAAAUCAGAGAUCGUCGAGUAUUAAAAUUAAUCGAUAAAGAACAUAAAAAGAUUCAACAAAAAGCAAGAAAAGAAAGAAAUGAAGAAAUUCGAUCUUUGGUUCUCUUUGUAAAGAAACGUGACAAACGAAUGGCGGAAUAUAGAAAAAUGCUCGAAGAAAAAGCUCAACAAAAUAGAAUAAAGUCUCAGCAGAAUCACUUAGAACAAAUUAGGAAAAGGAAUGAAAUGUUGAGGGAACAGCAAAAGAAUUCUCGUCUAAAAAGUGAACAUGAAGAGGAAUUACGACAAUUAGAAGAAAGUUAUUUAAACCAGUACAGUGAUAGUGAAGAUGAUGACGAUUAUGAAGAUGAAGAUGUUGAAAACAUUCAAGAAGAUUUAAAGGAGUGUAACCUCGAUGAAAAUGAAGAUGGUUUCGAUGAACUUUAUUGCGUUGCGUGCAACAAAUUCUUCAAUAGUGAAAGUUCUAAAAUGAAUCAUGAAGCAUCCAAGAAACAUCGGCAAAAUAUGGAACUGCUAAAGACAGAAAUGAAAGCUGAAGAAGAAUCAUAUCAACAGACAAUCAAACAAGAAGAAGAUGAUGAAUUAGAGAAUGUUGAAGUUAUCGAAGAUGAGGAAGAAAAAGUUAAAAAUGUCAAAGGGAAAAAGUCGAAAAAGAAAAAUAAGAAAAACUUCCUUCCAACUGAAGAGUUUGAGGAUUCAUCGGAUGUUAAAAACGGUGAAAAUUCCGUUGAAUCAAAUGAAACAGAACGAAUUUUAUUAUUAUCUGAUAAUGAAAGUGAUGACGGCGAUUGGUCUGGAAAUAAAAAACAGAAAAAAGUGAAAUCCAAAGGAAAAGCAAAGAAUGAAAAGCCAAAAGUCGUUUCUAAGGAAGAGACAAUUCUGGAAGAAGAAACAGCGAAAUCUCUUGACACUGGUGAAGCUUCAUCAAUGGAACAUCGUUGUGCAACAUGUCGUGAGAUUUUCCCUUCAAAAAAUAAACUUUUUACUCAUCUUAAGAAGACUAAUCACAGCAUUUAUCUUGGAGAGAGCAAAAUUAAAUCUUCAGAAAAUUCAAAUUCAAAAAAGAAGAAAUAAAAUUUUAAAUUUAAUUAUUUGUGAUUAAUUAUUUGUUAAUAAAAUUAAUUCUUUAAUUCAAAGAAGAUUUUGAAGUGAA